AUGAAACGUUUUGUCUAUAUCAAUGAUGAUUCGUGCCGGUAUUCCUACUGUGGCAAUCGGAUAUCCAAUACCAAGUAUACUCUCUGGAAUUUUCUCCCGAAAAAUUUAUGGGAGCAAUUCAGGCGUUUCAUGAAUCAGUAUUUUCUACUAAUAGCCUGCCUCCAGUUGUGGUCCUGUAUUACUCCUGUCAGUCCUGCAACUACAUGGGGUCCACUUAUCAUCAUCUUCAUUGUUUCUGCUUCAAAAGAGGCUUGGGAUGAUUACAAUAGGUAUCUUUCUGACAAGAAAGCAAAUGAAAGGAAAAUAUGGCUGGUAAAGGAUGGCAUCCAUAGACAGAUCAAAGCACAGGAGAUACAUGUUGGAGAUGUAGUGUGGCUCCAUGAGAAUGACGAGAUACCAUGUGAUCUUGUUCUCAUAGGGACUUCUGAUCCUCAAGGCAUUUGUUAUGUUGAGACUGCUGCUUUGGAUGGUGAAACUGACUUGAAAACAAGAAUCAUUCCUACAAUUUCUGCUAACUUGUCAGUAGAGCAGCUAGGAAAAGUCAAGGGUGUAGUUGAGUGCCCCAACCCAGAUAAUGACAUACGAAGAUUUGAUGCUAACAUGCGCUUGUUCCUCCCUAUAAUUGACAAUGAAAAAUGUCCUUUGACUAUCAACAAUACACUUCUUCAGUCAUGUUACCUACGGUACACUGAAUGGGCUUGUGGAGUUGCAGUUUACACAGGCAAUGAAACCAAAUCUGGAAUGAGUAGGGGAGCUGCAGAGCCCAAGCUCACUGCUGCUGAUGCAAUAAUAGACAAGCUCACUAUUGCAAUAUUCAUGUUCCAAAUUGUUGUUGUACUUGUUCUGGGUUAUUUUGGGAAUGCUUGGAAGUACACUCAGGGGCUUAAGCAAUGGUAUCUUAUGUAUCCUGUGGAGGGAGAGGCCCCAUGGUAUGAUUUCUCGAUUAUCCUGUUACGCUUUGAGCUGUUGUGCUCCAUAAUGAUUCCGAUCUCCAUAAAGGUUACUCUUGAUUUGGCUAAAGGUGUGUAUGCAAAGUUUAUUGAUUGGGAUGAGCAAAUGUUUGAUUGGGAAACAAAUACACCUGCUCAUUCAGCUAACACAGCUAUUAGCGAGGACCUCGGACAGGUUGAAUAUAUUUUGAGUGACAAAACUGGGACACUGACAGAGAACAAAAUGAUCCUCAAACGAUGCUGCAUAAGUGGUACUUUGUAUGGAAAUGACAACGGAGAUGCAUUAAACGAUGUCAGACUUGUAAAUGCGAUCUCAAGUAAUGAUCCUGAUGUCAUCAAAUUUCUGUUGGUUAUGGCUCUUUGCAAUACAGUGGUUCCUAUCAAAAGCAAUGAUGAUACUGUGUCAUACAAAGCACAAUCCCAAGAUGAGGAAGCUUUAGUUAACGCUGCAGCAAACCUGAAUAUGAUGCUCAUCAGUAAAGACAGCAGUACAGCUGAGAUUUGUUUCAAUGGGUCUAAGUUUCGGUAUGAGUUGUUGGACAUUUUGGAAUUCACUUCUGACCGCAAAAGAAUGUCUGUAGUGGUAAAGGAAGGGCAGAUUGGUAAGAUCCUUCUUUUAUCAAAAGGUGCGGAUGAAGCUCUCCUGCCUCGUGCCUGUCCAGGACAACAAAUACAGAAAUAUCUUGAAGCAGUAGAAAUGUAUUCUCAGUUGGGAUUGCGAACCUUAUGUUUGGGGUGGCGUGACUUAAAAGAAAGUGAAUAUAAGGAAUGGUCCAAAAACUUUCAAGAGGCUAGCUGCUCAUUGGACAAUAGAGAGUUUAAAAUUGCUGAAGUUUGUCACAGCUUAGAGCGAGACCUUCAUAUUCUUGGUGUUACUGCUGUAGAGGAUCGUCUUCAGGAUGGUGUGCCUGAAACCAUUAAAUUGUUGAGGAAUGCUGGAAUUAAUGUGUGGAUGCUAACUGGCGAUAAGCAAAAUACAGCAAUUCAGAUUGGACUUCUCUGUAACCUCAUAACCUCUGAGCCCAAUAGUCAAUUGUUGUCUAUCAGUGGGAAAACUGAGGAGGUCAUACUAAGAAGCCUGGAGAGGGCAUUAUUAAUUAUGAAGAAUACAUCCGAAACAAAGGACCUUGCAUUUGUUUUGGAUGGUUGGGCACUCGAAAUAAUUUUAAAGCAUUCCAAGGAGUCUUUUACUAGGUUGGCGAUGCUGUCAAAAACAGCAAUAUGCUGUCGGAUGACACCUUUGCAGAAAGCACAGCUUGUUGCUAUCCUAAAAUCGGCUGGCUACCUAACUCUAGCAAUUGGCGAUGGUGGUAACGAUGUUAGAAUGAUUCAAGAGGCUAACAUUGGAGUAGGGAUUAGUGGUAGGGAAGGACUGCAAGCUGCAAGAGCUGCUGAUUAUAGCAUUGGGAAGUUCAAGUUUCUUAAGAGGUUGAUACUAAUUCAUGGGCGCUAUUCAUACAACCGAACAGCAUUUAUUUCACAGUACUCCUUCUACAAGUCACUUCUUAUAUGCUUUAUACAGAUUCUGUUUGCCUUUUUGUCGGGGCUAUCUGGGACUAGCUUAUUCAACUCAAUUAGCUUGAUGGCUUAUAACGUUUUCUAUACAAGUCUACCCGUGAUGACUAUAAUCUUUGACAAGGAUAUCUCUGAAACAACAGUUAUGCAGUACCCCCAGAUUUUACUGCAUUCUCAAGCUGGGAGGCUUUUAAAUCCCACUACAUUUUGUGGAUGGUUUGGGUGCUCACUAUAUCACGCACUCGUCGUUUUCUUCAUUACUAUAUGUGCCUACUCAGAUGAGAAAAGUGAGAUGCAGGAACUCUCAAUGGUAGCACUGUCCGGAUGUAUUUGGUUACAGGCUUUUGUUGUUACAAUGGAUACAAACUCAUUCACUUACCCGCAAAUCCUUCUCAUCUGGGGAAACUUUGUGGCCUUCUACAUGAUCAAUUUAAUACUCAGUGCCAUCCCAAGUCUUCAACUGUACACAAUCAUGUUCCACCUGUGUAGCCAACCUUCAUACUGGAUCUCCAUGGCUCUGACGGUUGCAGUAGGAAUGGGACCGGUGGUGGCUUUCAGAUACUUCAAGAACCUGUAUCAGCCAAGCGCCAUUAACAUACUUCAGCAGAUCGAGCAGAGCAAUGGAUCUAUCCAAGCUUCUGGAAAUCUGGAGUCGGCGAGAGCCAAUCUCACUAAUCUACUGACUGGUUCACGUAAAAACAGGGAUUGUUAUUAUCACCCUCUGCUUUCAGAUUCUGCGGAGUCUGCUAGAACUUACUAG